CAGUUCAGUUUGUGGGAAACGGAAAAAGAAAAUCGUAACAAUAUGUUUCGACUCCUUGACCUUCUGAUCUCUCUCGUACUCCUUACCCUUGUCCCGAGGAUCAAUUGCCUGCAGAAUGGAACCCUGGCCAAGCUGAAAAGGUUUGUGAACUGCGAGGCUAAGAACUACAAGCCGAGCGAGGUGAUCUAUAGGGACUACUGGGUGCUGCAGAACUAUGUGUUGGCGGGUCACGGCAGUAUUCCGUGCUAUGCAAAUGUGACCUACACCAGCCAUGCGGACUACAGGUAUCUGGAUAAUGUGGUGCCCCUCCUGGAACGCUGGCGAUCGCCCCUCAGCCUGGCCAUAUACGCUCCUGGCACGGACUUCGAGCCCACUAUACGGAGCAUUCUGUACCUGCUGCAGUGCCAUCCUGGCAAGCACCUGGUUCGCGAGCUGUGCAGCUUUCAUCUGUACUUCGACGUGGAGCACUUGCCCCAGGUGGUGCUUCCACCCGACACAUCGCUGAGGGAGCAGGCCAACUGCAGCGGACCAGCGCCAUAUGAGAACGUCGUUAAGUCGGACAUGUACAGGACUCGAAACACACUGAACUAUCCCGUCAAUAUUGGACGCAACAUCGCACGCAGGGCUUCGUUGACGCACUACGUCCUGGCCUCGGACAUCGAGCUCUAUCCCACGCCAGGAUUGGUGCGCGACUUUUUGAAUUUUCUUGGCCGCCAGGUGCUUGGAGUUCCAGGACAGCAGCGCACUUCGCCGAUGGUCCAUGCGCUGCGUAUUUUCGAGGUGAAGGCCAAUGUUUCUGUGCCGAGCAGCAAGUCGGAGUUGCAGGAGUUGUUGAAGUCGGGCGAGGCAGUUCCCUUCCACAUGGAGAUCUGCGAGGUGUGCCAUAGGGGCCCAGGCCUGGAGGAGUGGAUAAAUGCGAGCGUGGUCUCCAAGGAACUCAAUGUCUUCAAUGUGGGUCGCCGCUCGGAAAAUAACAGCAACUGGGAACCUAUAUUCCUGGGCACCGUUGACGAUCCGCCCUACGACGAGCGAUUGACUUGGGAGGGUCAGCGGGACAAAAUGACCCAGGCCUAUGCCAUGUGCGUGCUGGACUACGAGUUCCAUAUCCUGGAUAACGCUUUCCUGGUCCAUAAGCCCGGCAUCAAGCAGCCCGGCUAUCGCAAGACAAUCUUCUCUCAAACCCGCCGGACCGACGGCCUGAUCAGUAGAAAGAUCUCCAAGGAGUUGCGGAUGAUGUACGGCUUUCGAGAUGGAUGUGUUAUUUAGGUGUGGUUCUUCAUAUGAAAGGGAUAUUUCAAAUUCAAUGUUAGCUGAAAUGUUUGUCUACGAUUUUGGAAAAUACAAAUUGUGAUAAGUUGGGCUUAAG